UCCAAGAUGGCGGCGUCCAUAGCGCGGACCUGUGCUUAUGCUUCAUCACCUGGUUUUAGCAUUUUCCCCAAAAGAUCGCGUCUUUUUCUCACUCUAAGAACCAAGCUGCACUGUUCCGCUUCGGUCUGUAGCGGUCUGUUAUUCAACCUCAACAAACGCGGAAUAAUCAAGGACUCUUUCCCGGAACACGCCGCUCAGGACGCACUCCCCGAGCUCCUCCAGUCCGGACCUCAGACCGUGUACUGCGGCUUCGACCCCACCGCGAACAGCCUCCACGUGGGGAACUUACUCGCCAUCAUCGGCAUGUUACAUUUUCGCGGCUCGGGGCAUCACGUCUUGGCGCUUCUCGGAGGAGCCACUGCGCAAAUAGGAGACCCAAGUGGGAAAACUACGGACAGAGAAGCGCUGUCUCCGGGUACAGUGGAAUCGAACACUCACAGUAUACGAGAAAGCCUCCAAAGGAUAUUCACCAACUAUGAGCUGUAUUUCCACAACAGCUCGAAAAAACUUGGCACGGUAACUGUACUGAAUAACCUCAAAUGGUACAAGGACUGGGACGUGGUGAGGUUUCUGUCCCAGACGGGUAGACACUUUCGCAUGGGCACAAUGCUGAGCCGCCACAGCGUACAGUCCAGACUGAAGAGCGCGGAGGGGAUGACCCUGACCGAGUUCACGUACCAAGUGUUUCAAGCCUAUGACUUCUAUCAUCUGAACCAAAUAUACGGCUGUAAAAUUCAGCUAGGAGGCACUGACCAACUGGGCAACCUCAUGUCUGGACACGACUACAUUCAUAAAGUGAGUGGGCAGGAGGUAUACGGCCUGACCAUCCCUCUGAUCACUAGCUCUGUGGGAGAUAAGCUGGGGAAGACUGCAGGCAACGCAGUGUGGCUUAACCGGGACAAAACCUCUCCUUUUGAGCUCUAUCAGUUCUUUAUAAGGCAACCAGACUCUACUAUAGAAAAGUAUUUAAAACUAUUCACUUUCUUGCCUCUGGGUGAGAUUGAGAGACUAAUGGAGCAGCAGAGAGAGGAUCCGAGCAAACGCCUGGGACAUAAAAGACUGGCCGCAGAGGUUACCAAACUGGUGCAUGGAAAAGAGGGACUAGAGAGUGCAAAAAGAUGCACCAAUGCUCUGUACAACAGCAGUGUGGAGGCCCUGGAGGAGAUGACUGAUGAGGAGUUACAAGAGCUCUUCAGAGAGGCGCCUUUCCUUGAGACACUGUUUGAACCUGGGACCACUGUGAUAGAGGCCUGCCGAAAAGUCAAUGCCAUUCCCGAUGGGCCAAGAGGACAUCGCAUGGUUUCUGAAGGAGCUGUCCACAUCAAUCACAGCAGAGUGGACAACCCAGAGCAAGUACUGGUUCCAAAACUCCACAUUCUGUCCAACGGGUUGAGUCUGAUACGAGUGGGCAAGAGGAACUUCUACAUCAUCAAGUGGCUCAGUUUAUGAGGCCUGGGACACUACUAAAGGACCUAUGCACUAUAAAACUCUGACAGUUCAGGUAGGGCCGUUUCUCCUACAGGGAAGCAUGGUGCAUGGUGUCUGCUACUAUAGCAGCAGCUACUUGUUAUUGUAUAAAGAUGUAUGUGGUUUGUACAUAUUCUGUAUAGUAAAAAUAAGUAUCAUAUUUAAUAAAAUUCUUGGAGACUCUUUU